GAUGGUGAAAUUCAUCCUGAAAUCUGUAGACUAUACAUCCAGUUGCAGUGUUGCUUGGAAAUGUACACAACAGAAAUGCUUAAGUCCAUAUGUCUGCUAGGAUCACUGCAGUUUCAUCGGAAAGGAAAAGAACCUUGUGUCGUACCCAAGAUCCUAGAUACUAAAGUGGAGGAAAGUUCUGAAGUACCUAUUUUAGAAGACACGUCAUCAUCACCAACAGAUAUUCAACAGCACUUAUGGCAGGUUUCCACAGAUAUUGAAAACACUGAAAGAGAUAUGAGAGAAAUGAAAAACCUCCUAAGUAAACUCAGGGAGACUAUGCCUUUACCAUUGAAAAAUCAAGAUGAUAGCAGCCUCCUAAACUUGACUCCAUAUCCAUUGGUAAGAAGACGGAAGCGAAGAUUCUUUGGACUGUGUUGUCUUGUCUCAAGUUAGAAGAUUAAACACAGAAGAACCAAGAAAAUUGUAACAUUGAUUAAAACGCAUUAUUUGACCACUGAAAUGAUGAACAUUGCUCUUCUUGCUUACAAAAUACAUUUUCUACACUAACCCAUUCCUUUUUCUCUUCUCCUCCAUCCCCUUUUCAAAAUAAAGGUUUUAAUAGUUUAAAAUUAUGGUUGUCAAAAAACAGCUGUGGAAUAGAUCUAGCAUUACUAAGAACAUUUUUAAAACUUUUUAGAAUAUGUUUUGCAUGCUUACUUUCAAUCACUUGAGAAAAACCACAUAAAUUA